CAUUCCGCAGCUAAACCCGCCGACGGGAGCGACCCGAGGCAGCUGGCCGCCCCGCCCCGUGACGUCACAGACCGCGCCGCCGGGUGCGUCAUCACAGCGCGCCGUAGCCGCGGAGCGCUGGAAGCUGGUCGACCAUGGCUGAGGUGGGCCGGGCGGCUGUGCGCGACCCCGGUGCGCUACUCCCGGGGGGCUUCUGGGCGGCGGUGGCCGUGUGGCUGGAGAGGCCUCAGGUGGCCAACAAACGUCUGUGUGGCGUCCGCCUCGAGGCCCGGCGGAGUGUUGGUGUGCCCCGGGCGGAGGCCUGCGGCCACAGUCCCAACACUGGCCCUGAGCAGGAGGAGCGGGCCGCGGCCGGACCCGCUCUGCGCUCCCCCGAUGGGGGCCUGGGCCCCGGGCCGAGCACAGGCCCCGAGCUGGGCACGGCGGGUCGCGGGCCCGAGGAGUCGCAGCCCCGGCGUCGGCAAGGGGAGGACCCCAGGGAAGCAGCCGCCGCGGCUCAGCUCGCAGGGGGCCCCGGGCAGCCAGGCAAGGCCCAAGUCGGGGAGGGCGAGUUCCCUGCCCCGGAUCUGGAUUCUCUAUGGGACGCUUUCUCUCGGAGCCGCUACGACGGCAAUCCGGAGAUGCUGGCCUUCCUCACCGGGUCCCGGGCGGGAUCGCAGCCGGAGGCGUCGAACGGGUUCGACGUGAUUCUCAGAACCGUCAUCCCCAAAACAGGCCCUCAUUGCCCGCUUGCUGCUCCGAGGAGAGAAAUAGUCGUGCAAGAUGUCCUCAACGGUACUGUAACUUUUUUACCUUUGGAAGAAGAUGACAGAGGGAAUGUAAGGGUUGAGACGAGCAACGUGUAUCAAAUCCGGCUCAGUCAGAGCCAGGAAGAAUGGUUCAUAUCUAUUUUAAUUUUCUGUCCAGAAAAAUGGCAUUCAGAUGGCAUUGUUUACCCCAGACCCACCUGGCUGGGAGAAGUGCUGCUGGCCAGGCUGGCCCGGUGGUCUGUGGAAAGCAGGAGGAGCGGAUUUAAAAGCAGCUUGUCCCUCAUUUCCAUCGUCAAGUAUAGCAAGAUGUACCAGAUGCUUAAGGAGAAGCACAAAGACAUGGUCAAGAUGUGGCCUGAAGUGACCGAUCCCGAAAAGUUCGUGUAUGAAGACGUGGCUAUCGCUGCCUACCUCCUGAUUUUGUGGGAAGAAGAAAGAGCUGAGCGGGGCUUGACGGCCAAGCAGUCCUUUGUUGACUUAGGAUGCGGGAAUGGUCUCCUGGUCCACAUCCUCAGCACUGAGGGGCAUCCAGGCAGAGGGAUCGAUGUCCGAAGAAGAAAAAUCUGGGACAUGUAUGGACCACAAACUUGCUUAGAGGAAGGUGCAAUCACCCCAAAUGAUAAGACCCUUUUCCCUGACGUCGACUGGUUAAUUGGUAACCAUUCCGAUGAACUGACGCCGUGGAUACCUGUCAUUGCGGCCCGGUCGUCCUACGGCUGCCGUUUCUUUGUCCUUCCCUGCUGCUUCUUUGACUUCACUGGAAAGUACUCCCGGAGGCAGAGCAGGAAGACUCAGUACCGAGAGUACCUUGAUUUCGUCACGGAAGUGGGGCUGGCCUGCGGGUUUCACGUCGAGGAGGACUGCCUGCGCAUUCCCUCAACCAAAAGGGACAUUACAUCACCUGCCCGGGAUCACUCAUGGAGCCGGUGGCACAGCUGGAGUGUGGUUUGUCUCAUUGGGAAAUCCAGAACAUACUCGCCUGCUGGAGAAGUUUCCAUGGAUGAGCAGAGAACCCAGUACAUUAACAGCAGGCGGGGCCGCCCUGUGAGCCCGCAUGGCGAGGCGCCUGCCCCUUCUCCAUCCCAGGCCACUGAGGGAUGUGCGGGUCACCCCAAUGGGCACCAGGCCCUGGACUCCGGGGCUGCCAAGGGAGGGGCAGAGGCCCAGGCCGACCAACUCUGGCUGUCUGGAUUUCAGCCUAGAGAAAAAGCUGAGCGUGUGAGGAAUUGUGCCACCCUUCCUCGGGAUUUUAUUGACCAAGUGGUUUUGCAAGUGGCACAUUUGCUGUUGGAUGGAGAGCAGUUAAACCCAGGAAGUGCUCCAAGUGGUGGCUCGAAGGCCUGGAACCAAGGAGGAAGCCUCUCCUUGGAGGAGGUCGCCCGGGAGCUGGACAGGGAGACGCUGCAGCGCCUGAAGCGGGAGUGCGGCGGCCUGCAGACGCUGCUCAGAAACAGCCACCAGGUGUUCGAAGUUCUGAAUGGGAGGGUUCACAUUCGCGACUGGAGGGAAGAGAAGCUGCGGAGGCAGCGGCACCCGGAAGCAAAGCGGAAACUCUUCUCGGAAACUUUCAAGACCCGCGCCUGCUGGUUCUUCAGUCACCACCCUGACGGCUGUGUGCUGCCUGCAGACAGCUGCCCGUUUGCCCACGGGCCCGCAGAGCUGCGGCUGCCCCAGACCCCCAGGAGGAAGAAGCAGGUUCUGGGAGCUGCUUCCGCCCCACGAGCAGAGGCCGGCUGUGGGAGGCCAAGACGGGAGGAGCACGCCCCGGCUCCUCUGGGGACCACAGACUCUGCUGGCUGGGGUGACUUCCUCCGGGUCCCCCCGUAACGUGACCCGUCAGUUACACCCACACCGGACACCGCGGAAGCUGAUGUCCUUCCUGCCCCGUCGGAGUGCUGCGUCUAUGUGUAAACGAGGUCACACCUGUGGUCAGUGUCUGUAUUCCAGAAAGAGCACGGGAGUUCUUGCAGCAUCUCAUCGUUGUGAAGGUGGAGGAAGUGCCCGAACUGUCCAGCCCCUCUCGGGGACCUGGCUCUGGCUCGCCUGGCUCAUGUGUGAGAACGGGCUCACCCCCAGGAGCGCAGCCAGUCCCGCCAACUCCAGGCUGUACUGGAAGCCCAGCUGCUCCGGUGCCCAUCCCUAGACGGGUGUUGUGUCAAGGCUGUAACACACACGCAGGUUACUUUUAGUUACAGAGAACAAAACACCCGUGAGCUCUUACAGCCAGGUCACUCUAGGGGGAUGUGAAAAAAAUCCUGUGAUACACGACAAGGCCAGGAAAUCUAAAUAUCACAGCGAAAACCCCUCCUGCCCCUUCCUACUAGAUCUUCUCCCCAGAAGUGCUGUUAGCAAAUCUUUUGCUUCUGGGGAAAAAGAAAUCCUCUGUGUUUCUGUUUGAAAUUAUUUUUUUCAGUUUUACAUAAAAGGUCACGGUGUGCA